UUCCCUCUCCUCUUAGGUGUACACUUGAUGCUUUCUCUUGCUCGUCGUACGUCGUUUUUGUAGGGCCUAAGACGUCUACCAUAUGGGUAUCCGACAGACACAAUCUCAUUCACGAUGAGAUCGAUUGCUUCGUGCGAUUUUGAGACUUGUCCGGUUGCAGCAUCUCCUUAUGGCUACCCACCGAGUGCGGCGGCGGAGACCAUCUUCUUGCUCAUUCACGUCGGAUCCAUCCUCGCCUGUCUGCUCUACACAUUUUAUGUAGCCGACACAAACAAAUGGCUAGUGUUCAGUAUCCCAGUCUCCAUAGCCUCUCUUUUCGAAGCUAUCGGCUAUGCCGUCAGGCUCGGAAGUUCGAUCAACCCCUGGAACGUGGGUUUAUACGCAGGCUCCACGGCAUUCAUAAUAGUCGCGCCGGUCUUUGUCUCCGCAGCCAUAUAUUUCACUAUACCCGAAGCUAUUAAAAUCCUCGGCAUCGAACAUUCGUUAAUAGACGUUGCACACUAUCCUCGCCUGAUCUGGAUGGAUGUCAUUGGAUUCGUCCUCCAGCUUAUCGGAAUAAUUAUUUCCUUUUCAGACCUCUCAGUCGAUACAGGCCUCGGCCGUAAUGCUAAGAUCGGCAGCCCUAUCAUUGCUGCCGGCACCGCUGUACAAGCUAUAACUCUUAUCAUUUUCAUAUUUCUAUUCGCCAUUGUAUUGUCGCGAGCUGCCAUGGCGAAUAGUCAAUUUGGAUAUACGACAUUCCAUCCGGUACACGGUUUUGUCCCCAUGGCAUAUAGGUUUAAAUUUUUCGUGGCGAUGCUGUUAGUUUCUGCCAUAUGCUUAUUUGGACGGGAUCUCUAUCAGGUGAUAAUACUGGGCGAUGGGUUGGAUAGUUGGAACGCAAAGAACCAGGCUCUCUUCGCAGGGCUCGACAGUCUUCUAGUUGCCGAAGCUGUUGCUGGUUUAGUUGUCGCGCAUCCUGUGAGGUUUCUUCAGGAUGGGCUAGAAAAGAGAGUGGGAAGCAGAAAUGCAACUUCGAUGAUUGAGGAACCGAGAGUGAGUCAGUGGUAUAUUCUGGGAGAGUCUCCAACUCGCCCGACACGCCCCAAUCGCUCGUAUCAACCGGGCCUUACUCCGGGGAGUAGUACAUCAAACUUAUAUGAAGCAUGAAAUAAACGUUUACGGUUUUUGUUCCAGAUUUCGAAUGGGCGAUUAGAAUUGCGCAGCUAGCAUGAUUGAUUUAGUGAAGUUUGUGAAUGUUAUGUCUCCAUAUGAGAAUCUUCAUCCUGAGCAGCAGGUAUGUAUGCAACCAUUGCUUUACUUGCACCUUCGACACAAUACUGGACAACUUCGAUUUUUGUCCCAUCAGGAAUCAGUUUGGCGAUUUGCCUGAGGUCGCUUGUA